UAAAAGAUUACAGAACAUUGAACAAAAUCAAAUAUGUUCAGUAUCAAGAAUCAACCCACGAUGGAAGUUUGGUGGAUAAAUUGAAGGAAGUGAAAGAUAUCUUCAAUCAAACGUCCAACGAAAUGGAAUGGGAAAAAAUUAACGUCGAGGCCGUAGACGAACUACGCAAGGAGCAUGAGAUAAAAAACUGGGACGAAGCAAAGAAUUGGGCCUUGGAAAAAAACAAUUUUUUCCGUUUAGAACAAAAGAUUAUAAGUUUAGUGGAAAAAUCGAAAAUAUUUCAAGAAUAUACUACCCUAAAUGAUAAUUUUAAACAAAGAUUGGAGAACGAAAAUCGCUACCAAGAUGAAAAGAAGAUCGGCGAAAAAAGACCAAUAUUAGAAUCGCCGAGUAAAUGGAGUUACAUAGAGGAUGAAGAGGAGAGGAACAAGGCUUUUAAGGCAUUUUACUUAGAAAAAAGGCAACAAGAGCUGAUUCCAUCCACUUCCACGAUCCAAUACAAAGAAGAAGACGAAGAAAACGAGGAAGAAGCAGCAGAAGAAGAAAAACUAGAACUGAAGACAUCACCAUCAAAGAAGACCAGCGGAAGGAAAAAGACGAAGAAGAAGAACAACAAGAAGUGAAGAGCGAAGGAAAAGAUUUAUGAGGAGAAAUGAAUUAUAUUUUUAAUCAAAGUCACGUGAUUCACGUUAAAA